CUCCAUACCAUCUAUCUGUGGGCGUUGUAGCAGAGACCAAAGAUGACGACGAUGACCGUGAUCCGGUGGUUGCUGGUGGCGUUAACGUUGCUACAAGUCCGAUCAGGUGCCUCCGAUCACAAAUACAAACCUAACGAUGAAGUUCCUAUCUACGCUAACAAAGUCGGCCCCUUUCAUAACCCUAGUGAAACAUACCGCUUUUUUGAUCUUCCAUUCUGUUUACCAGCUCAUUUAAAGGAGAAGCCAGAAGCACUUGGUGAAGUACUGAACGGAGAUCGUUUAGUAAGUGCUCCUUAUAAGCUUGAGUUUAUGCGCGAAAAGGACUCUGAACUUGUAUGCAGAAAAAAACUAACAAAAGCGGAAGUAUCCAAAUUUCGAAAAGCUGUUGCCAAGGAUUACUAUUUCCAAAUGUACUACGAUGACUUGCCUUUUUGGGGCUUUCUAGGGAAGGUUGAAAAAGACAAAACUGACCCUAGUGAGGAGAAGUAUUACCUGUUUAAGCAUCUUCAUUUUGAGAUCCACUACAAUAAAGACCGUGUGAUAGAGAUAAACGCAAAAGCCGAUCCUAAUGCUGUUGUGGAUCUUACUGAUGAUAAAGAAGUUGAGGUGGAGUUUCUGUAUACUGUGAAGUGGAAAGAAACCGAUAUUCCGUAUGAGAGUCGAAUGGAGAAAUACUCCCAGACUUCUUCACAGCCACAUCACCUGGAGAUCCAUUGGUUUUCGAUUAUUAAUUCGUGUGUCACGGUUCUCCUUUUAACUGGUUUUCUUGCUACCAUUCUUAUGCGGGUUCUUAAGAAUGACUUUGUUAAGUAUGCUCAUGAUGAAGAGGAAGCUGAUGAUCAAGAGGAAACCGGUUGGAAGUACAUUCACGGUGAUGUUUUCAGGUACCCGAAGUACAAGUCUCUGUUUGCCGCUGCACUUGGUUCCGGCACCCAGCUAUUUUCCCUUGCACUUUUUAUUUUCGGGCUAGCUCUAGUUGGUGUAUUUUAUCCAUAUAACCGAGGAGCUCUGUUUACCGCACUGGUUGUCAUAUAUGCACUUACUUCUGGGAUUGCAGGCUACACCGCAGCCUCGUUUUAUCACCAGCUAGAAGGAACUAACUGGGUGAGGAACUUACUAUUGACAGGCUGCCUAUUCUGUGGGCCCCUCUUUCUUACUUUUUGCUUUCUAAACACUGUUGCAAUCGCGUACACCGCCACUGCUGCUCUACCCUUUGGUACAAUAGUGGUGAUUGUGUUAAUAUGGACAUUGGUGACUUCACCGUUGUUAGUAUUGGGCGGUAUUGCUGGCAAAAACAGCAAGGCUGAAUUUCAAGCACCCGUUCGCACCACAAAAUAUCCCAGAGAGAUCCCGCCGUUACCGUGGUACCGUAAAACCGUGCCGCAAAUGGCCAUGGCUGGUUUUCUUCCUUUCAGUGCAAUCUACAUUGAGCUUUAUUACAUCUUUGCCAGUGUGUGGGGCCACAAGAUUUAUACCAUUUACAGUAUCUUAUUUAUAGUCUUUAUCAUCCUCCUCAUUGUUACUGCCUUUAUAACUGUGGCGUUGACUUAUUUCCAACUUGCUGCUGAAGACCAUGAAUGGUGGUGGAGGUCUUUCUUGUGUGGGGGGUCAACCGGUGUUUUCAUCUAUGGGUAUUGUUUGUACUAUUAUUAUGAACGUUCUGACAUGUCGGGAUUCAUGCAGACAUCGUUUUUCUUUGGUUACAUGGCUUGUAUAUGUUAUGGUUUCUUUCUCAUGCUUGGAAUGGUCGGUUUCCGGGCGGCUUUGUUCUUUGUUCGCCAUAUCUACCGCUCAAUCAAGUGUGAAUAGAAGUUUAGUGUUCAAACAGCUGCUGCUGCUGCCGCCGCCGCUGACAGGGUGAAACCAUCAAAACUAUGAGAACUAGUUUACUUGAUGAGUGUUUUGAUAUACUAGUUUAUGUUAUUUCAUUUUCCGUUUAAUAGGAGUCAAAUCAUACCUAGUCAAUUUUGGACAUACAUUUUAAUAUGUAGCUUGUAAUUAAAUUUCAGUUUGUGCAACUCCAGGUACUAUAUCAGCAGAUUUUCUUAAGUUUCCUUGUUUGUAUUAUAAA